CUUUGUCAAUAUUCGAUCGGUGAAAGGUCAGGACAUCGAAUCUAUCUGGCCCUACGCACGCUCGAGAGCCGCUCAAUCCGCAUACCAUGGCUUGCCUACCCCCAUUGUGCCGCCGAACACAUUCCUUGGUCUUGCCCUAUUGCAGCGUCGGAAACGCAAGAUGGAUCGACCCUGUUAUCGUGAGAGCACGUUGACGUCAAUGAUGCGUACACUGGUGUUGACAACAGCGUGGACACGUCAACUGCAAACAAUUGGGAAGCAGCGGCCUUGUAGCCGUGAUGUUACUCGUGCCUGCCCUUCCUUGAUUUAUUUGAUAAAACCACAGUAACCCUUGCUCUUGUCGCUACUGCCACUCCUCACUUCUUGACUUGAUAAAGAUCCAUUGAGCCCCCAACCUUUACUCUGUCCACCGCAAAGUGCCAUCGACAACUUCAAAUGGCCUCCAAUAUAAUUCCAAGCACAGUAAAGAACAUUAUGUCUGGCGAAAAGGGCGCAAAAGCUACUCAGUUGCAGCCGGACAUUCAAGAACCUGGGAAGGAUGACCGCAUCACAACAGAUUACGGUGUUAGACAAAGUAACACAGAUGACACUCUAAAGAUUGUCAAUGACCAGAGCACCGGCCCUCAGCUUCUCGAAGAUUCCUUUGCAAGGGAAAAGAUUCAUCGUUUCGACCAUGAGCGAAUUCCAGAACGUGUCGUACACGCCCGAGGAGCUGGAGCCUUCGGUACCUUCAAAUUACUCGAGAGUGCUGCCGAUGUAACGUGUGCUGCUGUAUUGAAUGACACUACGAGAGAGACGCCCGUUUUCGUACGCUUUUCGACUGUCCAGGGCAGUCGAGGCAGUGCCGACACCGUUCGCGAUGUACGAGGGUUCGCAGUCAAGUUUUACACGCAAGAAGGAAACUGGGACAUUGUUGGGAACAAUAUUCCCGUCUUUUUCAUUCAGGAUUCUAUCAAGUUUCCCGACUUCGUUCAUGCCGUGAAGCCGGAGCCGCAUAAUGAGGUACCGCAAGCGCAGUCGGCUCACAACAACUUCUGGGAUUUCGUCAACUUGCACACUGAAGCUACACAUAUGUAUAUGUGGGCCAUGUCAGAUCGAGCCAUUCCGCGCUCAUAUCGUAUGAUGCAAGGCUUCGGUGUGAACACUUUUGUCUUGAUCAAUGCCAAGGGAGAGCGACAUUUUUGCAAGUUCCAUUGGACCCCAGAGCUCGGGGUUCACUCCUUUGUCUGGGAUGAGGCCUUGAAGCUUGCCGGGCAAGACCCCGACUUCCACCGCAAGGACCUCAACGAAGCAAUCGAGAAUGGGGCGUACCCAAAGUGGACGUUGGGCAUCCAAGUUAUUCCAGAAGGUCAAGAGCACGACUUUGACUUUGACAUCCUUGACGCUACCAAGAUCUGGCCCGAGGAUCUCAUUCCUGUGCGUAACAUUGGAGAGAUGGAAUUAAAUAAGGUGGUGGACGAGUACUUCCCUCAGACCGAGCAAGUAGCUUUUUGCACUGCUCACAUGGUUCCUGGAAUCGCCCACUCCAAUGACCCUUUGUUGCAGGGUCGUAGCUUCAGUUAUUUCGACACCCAGCUGUCUCGACUUGGGAUCAACUGGCAGGAGCUUCCCAUCAAUCGACCUGUGUGCCCUGUCAUGAACUUCAAUCGAGACGGCCAAGGUCGUCACCGCAUAACUAAGGGCCCGAUCAACUACUACCCAAACCGUCACGGAAUCCAGCCUCCAGCAACGGCCAACGAGGGUGCAUAUCUUGAUUAUCCCGAGAAAGUUGCUGGCAUCAAGGCACGAGCUAAGAGUCCUAAGUUCAAGGAACACUUCAACCAAGCCCAGCUAUUUCUCAACAGUCUGUCCCCGCCGGAGAGAGCUCACAUUACUAGUGCGUUUGGAUUCGAACUGGACCACUGUGAUGAUCCUAUUGUGUAUGAGCGCAUGUCGCUUCGCCUGGCCGACAUCGAUCUUGAGCUUGCACAAAGUGUUGCCGCGAUGGUUGGUGGGCCUGUUCCUGAUAAGGCUAGCAGGCCCAAUCACGGCAAGAAGGCACCGAAGUUGAGUCAAACGGAGUUUGCGCCAACUAAGCCGACAAUUGCCACUCGUCGCAUUGCAAUCAUCAUUGCCGAUGGCUACGAUUCUGUUACCUACAACGGCGUCAAGGCCGCCAUUACAGCGUCCGGUGCUCUACCUUUCACCAUUGCCCCCCGCCGACACGAAAUCUUCCCGGCGGGCAGUGACAAUAACCCCGGCAGUGGAGUUCGUGCCGACCACCAUCUCGAGGGCAUGCGAUCAACCAUGUUUGACGCGAUCUUCGUACCAGGAGGCUCUAAGUCCAUCGAGACUCUCUCAAAGAAUGGGCGUGCCCUUCACUGGAUGCGUGAAGCUUUUGGCCAUCUCAAACCCAUCGGUGGAACUGGUGAAGCUGUCGAGCUCUUCAAGUUGGCGUUCGCCCUUCCGGGAAUCAGCAUAUCCCAGGAUACCAGUGCCGUCGAGUCAUACGGUGUGGUGACGCAAAAUAAGGUCGAUUCUAGUGGCUUUUCGGAGAUGGUCCAGAUCGCUAAGGAGGGUGCUAAUUUUCUGGAGAAAUUCUGGUUCCAGAUUUCGCAACAUCGAUGCUGGGCUCGUGAGCUAGAUGGUUUGAGCAGCCAGGUUGCAUAUUAAUCGUUG